UGUCUGAAGAUACUGUGAACUGUGGGCCGCUGAUAAGGAUCUUUUCACACUUAGGGACUUACAGGAAACAACAGCUGCACUUCUGUUUCUGUGCUGUUAUUAAUAAGAGACCUUUGGCUUUAAGACAGUUAGUUCAUCACUGUUCAUUUGAGUACACUGUAUCCAUUAAGAUCCAGAGAGAGAAUUAAAGAGCCUUGAAGGGCAGCCAAAGACUACCUGUUGGGAAAAGGCAUCUCUAAGAUUCAUCUCACCAUGACAGAUAAAGGAGAAAUUGGAAGCACAACUGUAGAUUAUGCAUAUUAUUAUGACAACUCUACAGAAAACUUUGGUCCUUGCAGUAACGCCGAUUUGAAGGAUUUUGUCAAGGUGUUUCUGCCAACUCUCUAUAGCUUGGUUUUCAUCCACGGCUUCCUAGGCAAUGGCCUAGUGGUGUGUGUCCUGGUGAAGCAUCGCAACCAGACCAACUUGACAGACAUCUGCCUCUUCAACCUGGCUCUCUCCGACCUCCUCUUUGUCUUCACGCUGCCUUUCUACUCCCACUACUCUGUGGUCGGACAAUGGACUUUUGGAGACUUUAUGUGCCGUUUCACUUCUGGCUCCCAUAACACUGGGUUCUUCAGCAGCAUCUUCUUCAUGGUUGUCAUGACGCUGGACCGCUACGUGGUCAUCAUGCACACUAAUAAGGUGGUCCGCUAUCGCACUGUGAGUUUAGGCAUCGCUAUGACGGUGUCCGUCUGGGUGCUGAGCUUGUGUGUCUCUCUACCGGUUAUUAUCUUCACAAAAGUGACGAAUGAUUCUCAAGAGCAGGCUUGUAGAUAUACCCCAAACGAAGCCUGGAGCAGUUAUCACACCUUGACGAUUAAUAUAUUGGGUCUUGUGAUUCCCUUGCUGGUGAUGAUAGUUUGCUACUCCAGGAUCAUCCCCAUACUGGUGAACAUGAGGAGUGCAAAGAAGCACCGCGUCAUCAAGCUGAUUGUCUCUAUAGUGAUUGUCUUUUUCAUGUUCUGGGCCCCUUAUAACAUUUCCAUUUUCUUGGAGUUUCUGAAAUCUAAAGAUGUAUUGCCGAUCAGUUGUGAGAUGGAAUCAAAUUUAAGGCUGUCACUAACAGUGACUGAGACCUUUGCUUACACUCACUGCUGCCUGAACCCCAUCAUAUACGCCUUUGUGGGACAAAAGUUCAUGAAACGAGCCUUGCAGCUGUUGAGGAAAUGGGUGCCUGGGAUUCUCCUUCCCUCCACCAGAGAUCUGUCUGAUAGCUCAUACAGGAAAAGCUCAAACAUGUCCAGGUCCUCUGUCACCUCUAAUCUCAUCAUGUAGGACGUGGAGGGCAGAUUAUGUUGUACAUAUCAUGCUUUAUGGACAUCACCUGCAGAGUUGACCUGUUUGAUCUGGGAAGUCUUGUUAUUACUGCUACCAUUGCCGUGCAUGUUAUCCUUGUACAUGUUGAGUGAUUUGUUUGGCCACUUCCAGUUUAUACAUAUGACAGUGUUUUUCAUCAGCAUUGUCUCAAAGUGCUUGUCCCUGUACAUAUUAUCUUUAGUCCUUUUUGAUUUGACCUGCUAUUUGAAACUGCACUGGAGUAUUUGGUUUGGAACAUAAGAUGUCAGAUGUAAUUAGGUGUGGUCGGAGGAGCCUCGUUAUCUUCUAUAUGAUCUCAGGUAUUUUACAAAUGCUAUGCAGUGUCACUGCUGUUCCUGCUGAAUGUUGACGGAAAUCACAAGUCUCUUGUUUGUAACAGCCUGUAACCACAACGUUUGUGUAUCUAUGCCAGAUGUGUUUAAAACGUUCUCACAUUAGUUGAUGAGCCUGCAAGAUAAAGAAAAAUAUUUAUACGGUAUGGGAAAGCUAUAGCUUUUGAUAUGAUAUAGGGUAUACUAACUAAGAGAAACAAAGUAUUAUUUUACAACAUGGAAUUUAUUCUGUUUUCACAUUCCAUUUGGAAAAAGUUUUUCAUUCAAAUGUUCGAUGAUGAAUCAAAACCACAAAGUGAAACUAACAUAGAUAUGUAGGGUUAGGGCUAGGUAGCACCUUUUUGCACAUUCAAACGUCAUCAUCUAUCAUGGAUUGAAAUCUGUUGAUGUGGAACAAAGUUUGGCUCAUCAUACACAACUAGAAUUAUUUUUAGAUUUUCUUGAUACAAUAUUAAGCUGGCAUUUAGUGUUAAUGGUUACAAUAAUACGUUCUGAUACGUACUUAUGUUCUUUUGUCUUGGUUAUUUUACUGCCAUUUAAGAUGUUAUUUGCACAAAAUACAGUACAUAUAUUCACAUGUCAGCUUUACAGUUAAUGCCCUUUAAGCUUUUAUGUUCAUGUUGUGAUUGGUUGCUGUUGUGAUUUAGUUUGCCAGUGAAGUUUAUUAAAGUUUUAAAUCUCUUCUCAUAUCCAAGAGUACCAAACAAUGA